AUUAAAUGAAACUGAAAGUUUGUCAGAGUGACAGCAGAGCUGCACUCGAGACAAAACUCUGCAUUUCUGUCUAAAAAAAAUUAAACAGAGUUCAUCAGGAUAUUCUCAAAAACUGCUCAAAUACUGGGUGUAGACAUGUCUGCUGCCAGCAACCUGAGAUCUGAAGAUCAAUAUCUCUGCUCCAUCUGUUUGCAUGUGCUCACUGAUCCAGUCUCCACACCAUGUGGACACAACUACUGUAAAAACUGCAUCAAUCAACACUGGAAUAUUAAUGUCUCUUGCCAGUGUCCCAUGUGUAAUGAAGUUUUCUACACAAGACCUCAGUUGAAGAUCAACACUUUCAUCUCUGAGAUGGUUGCUCAGUUCAGACAGGAAGCUCAACAGAAAGCCAGCAGCAGCAGCUCAGAGCAACAACUUGCCAAACCAGGAGAAGUUUCCUGUGAUGUCUGCACUGGAACCAAACUGAAGGCCCUGAAGUCCUGCCUGGUAUGUUUGGUCUCCUACUGUGAGACUCACCUGGAGCCUCAUCUGACAGUGUCAGUCCUGAAAAGACAUCAGCUGAUGGACCCUGUGGAGAACCUGGAAGACAGGAUGUGUACGAAGCACGAUAAACCUCUGGAGCUGUUCUGUAAGACCGACCAGACAUGUGUCUGCAUGCUCUGCUCUGUUUUAGACCACAGGACACAUGAUGUUGUUCCUCUGAAAGAAGAAUAUGAAGGAAAGAAGGCAGAGCUGGAGAAGACAGAGGCUGAAAUUCAGCAGAUGAUCCAGAAGAGACGACUGAAGAUUGAGAAGAUCAAACACUCAGUCAAGAUCAGUAAAGAUGAUGCAGACAGAGAGAAAGCAGAAGGUGUUCAGGUCUUCACUGCUCUGAAGGAGUCUGUUGACAGAGGCCUGAACCAGCUCAUAAAGGAGAUGGAAGAGAAACAGAAAACCACAGAGAAACAGGCUGAAGACUUGAUCACAGAGCUGGAACAGGAAAUCUCUGAGCUGAUGAAGAGAAGCACUGAGGUGGAGCAGCUCUCACUCUCUGAAGACCACCUCCACCUCCUCCAAAACUUCCCAUCCCUGAAAGCUGCUCCACCCACCAAGGACUGGACAGAGGUCAGAGUCCAUCCACCAUCAUAUGAGGGGACUGUGGUGAGAGCUGUGGCUCAGCUGGAGGAGACGCUCAGUAAAGAGAUGAAGAAGCUGUUUGAGGCUGAGCUGAAGAGGGUCCAGCAGUAUGCAGUGGAUGUGACUCUGGAUCCUGAUACAGCAAAUCCUGAACUCAUCCUGUCUGAUGAUGAGAAACAAGUGAAACAUGGUGAUGUGAAGAAGAAUCUCCCAGACAACCUAGAGAGAUUUUCUACUUGUGUUUGUGUCUUAGGAAAGCAGAGUUUCUCUUCAGGCAGAUUUUACUUUGAGGUUCAGGUUAAAGGAAAGACUAAAUGGACUUCAGGAGUGGCCAGAGAGUCGAUCAACAGGAAGGGAAACAUCAACCUGAGCCCUCAGAAUGGUUACUGGACAAUAUGUUUGGAAAAUGGAAAUGAGUACGAAGCUCUCGCCGUCCCUCCAGUCCGUCUCUUUCUGAAGUCUGGCCUUGAGAAGGUGGGGGUGUUUGUGGAUUAUGAGGAGGGUCUGGUCUCCUUUUAUGACGUAGAUACUGCAGCUCUCAUCUACUCCUUUACUGGCUGCUCCUUCACUGAGAAACUCUACCCAGUCUUCAGUCCUUGUCUCAAUGAUGGUGGUAAAAACUCUGCUCCUCUGAUCAUCUGUCCUGUCAAUCAAACUGUCUGAUCUUUUUAUGAUGAAGGAUUGUCAACAAUGAGUAAACUCAAUAAUCUUUACAUAGCAUAAAUAUACAGUACCACUCACAUGUUUGGACACACCUUCUCAUUCCAUUGUUUUUCUUUAUUUUCUCUUGUCUUUCUGUUUUCUACAUUGUAGAUUAAUAUUGAAGAUAUCAAAACUAUGAAGGAAUAUAUGCAUAUACAUAUGAAAUUAUGUCGUAAACAAAAAAGUGUUAAAACAACUAGAAUAUGUUUUAUAUUUUAGAUUCUUCAAAGUAGCCACUUUUAGCUUUGAUGACAGCUUCGCACACUUCUAGUUUUCUCUCUGUCAGCUUCAUGAGGUAGUCAUCUGAAAUGGUUUUCCAACAGUGUUGCUGGAUGUUUUGCCUUCACUCUGUGGUCCAACUCUACCCAAACCAUCUCAGUUGGGUUUAGAUCAGGUGAUUAUGGAGGCCAGGUCAUCUGACACUCCAUCACUCUCAGGUAGUCCUUACGAAGCCUCCAGAUGGCAUGUCGCUGCAGAAUACUGUGGUAGCCAUGAUGGCUGAAUGUGUUAUUUUGUAUAAAUCACCAACAGUGUCAUCAGCAAAGCAGCCCAACGCCAUCACACCUCCUCCUCCAUGCUUCAUGGUGGGAACCACACAUGAAGAAACUCUGUCAUAAAAGUCAUGGUGUCAUAAGGCUUCAUAGUUCGAACAGAAACAGAGACAGUAUGAGUCACUGGUAUAAAGGGUUGUAAUAAAGGGAAAAUAUAUGUGGCACCUGUCUUUUACACUAAGCAACGUAGUGAUAGUUGAUUUUUUUUUUAAGUUUAUAGAUUACUGGGCUGGUGAUGCAGUUGUACUGAUACAGAGUUAUUUUAUUUUGGUUUUAAGAUCUUUCUGAGCUAGUGUGUGAGUUACUUUGCUGUGGGUAUAAUUCUAUUGAUCUCUAUAGAUGUUAACAAGGACGAUGUCUUUUCUACUUUUUAUUGCAGUAACAGACACAUUUUGAUAACAUGCAGAAGCUGUGUCACUGAACCAUUUUACAGCUGAACUGGGUCAGUAUCAGUAAACAACCAUGUGUCUGUAAUGUAGAUGACAGAGAUAAAGGUUUACUCAAAUGAAAUGAGCAUAAAGACUGUUUCCUCUCAAACCUUUAAAUACGCUGUAUGAAUUUACGUGUUGAUAAACUUAAAAAAAGAGAAGUGUC